UAGCUGUUUUAACCGACCAAACCAGCCCCACCAAAGCCGUCGGUUCUUCGCUGACAUCUGUUCUUUUCUGUCUGUUGUGGCUGAAAGGGUUCAUCAUGUCUAAAGGAACGGUGGUUCUGGCCUACAGCGGUGGACUGGACACAUCCUGUAUUCUGGUGUGGCUCAAAGAGCAGGGCUACGACGUCAUCACAUACUUGGCCAAUAUUGGACAAGAUGAAGAUUUUGAAGCUGCCCGGAAAAAGGCGGAAAGCCUCGGCGCGAAAAAGGUUUUCAUCGAAGAUCUGCGCUCAGAGUUUGUGGAGGACUUCAUCUGGCCUGCAGUUCAGGCCAACGCUGUCUACGAGGACCGAUACCUGAUGGGCACGGCGAUAGCUCGGCCCUGCAUCGCCCGUCGUCAGGUUGAGAUCGCGCUCAAGGAGGGUGCUCAGUUUGUCUCCCACGGUGCCACUGGGAAGGGAAAUGACCAGAUACGCUUCGAGCUCACAUGCUACGCCCUCUACCCCAAGGUUCAGAUCAUCGCACCGUGGAGGAUCCCCGAGUUUUACAAUCGCUUCCGGGGAAGGAAGGACCUGAUGCAAUAUGCACAGGAACAUGGCAUCCCAGUUCCCGUUACUCCCCGGGCACCCUGGAGCAUGGAUGCCAAUCUCAUGCACAUAAGCUAUGAGUCUGGAAUCCUGGAGAAUCCCAAGAGCCAUGCUCCAGCUGACUUGUACCUGAUGACCAAAAACCCAGAAGACUCUCCGAACGACCCAGAUGUGCUGGAGAUUGAGUUUAAGAAAGGAGUGCCAGUCAAGGUGAUCAAUGUGAAAGAUGGGCAAUCCAAAGACAGGCCACUGGAGAUCUUCUCAUACCUCAAUGAGAUAGGGGGAAAGCACGGAGUGGGCCGGAUUGAUAUUGUAGAGAACCGUUUUAUUGGUAUGAAGUCACGAGGAAUAUAUGAAACUCCCGGAGGCACAGUUCUGCUGAAGGCCCAUUUAGACAUUGAGACUUUCACCAUGGACAAAGAGGUCCGCAGGAUCAAACAGGGGCUGGGUAUCAAGUUCUCUGAACUUGUGUACAAUGGAUUCUGGUACAGUCCAGAGUGUGACUUUGUGCGCUCCUGCAUAGCCAAGUCCCAGGAGAACGUGGAGGGCAAAGUCCAGCUGUCCGUCUUCAAGGGUCAGGUUUACAUCCUGGGACGAGAGUCUCCCAAGUCCCUGUACAACGAGGAGCUGGUCAGGUAA